UCCCUAUAUCUUGGCGGGUGGACUCGGUUUCUUCAUAGUCGCCGUGGCAUACACUGUUCUACGGUCCUUUGCACCGCAGGCCCCAGCUUCCGGGUCGCUGUUCUCGUCCGCUCGUCUCAACCGGCAACAGACCCAUGGCGGAGCGUGGGGAACUCGAUCUGACUGGCGCCAAACAGAACACCGGAGUGUGGCUGGUCAAGGUUCCUAAAUAUUUGUCACAGCAAUGGGCUAAAGCCCCUGGAAGAGGUGAAGUUGGGAAGCUGCGGAUUGCCAAGAAUCAAGGAAGGACUGAGGUGUCAUUUACUUUGAAUGAGGAUCUUGCAAAUAUUCACGAUAUUGGUGGAAAACCAGCUUCAGUCAGCACUCCUAGAGAACAUCCAUUUGUCUUACAAAGUGUUGGAGGACAGACAUUAACAGUCUUUACUGAGAGCUCAUCAGAUAAACUUUCAUUGGAAGGAAUAGUGGUACAAAGAGCUGAAUGCCGACCUGCUGCCAGUGAAAACUACAUGAGAUUAAAGAGAUUACAAAUAGAAGAAUCUUCCAAACCUGUAAGGUUAUCACAACAACUGGACAAAGUUGUGACAACCAAUUAUAAACCUGUUGCUAAUCAUCAGUACAAUAUUGAAUAUGAAAGGAAAAAGAAAGAAGAUGGAAAACGAGCUCGAGCUGAUAAACAACACGUUUUAGACAUGCUAUUUUCUGCAUUCGAGAAACAUCAAUAUUAUAAUCUUAAGGACUUGGUGGACAUCACAAAACAGCCUGUGGGUUACCUAAAGGAAAUCUUGAAAGAAAUUGGCGUUCAGAAUGUAAAAGGGACCCACAAAAACACAUGGGAGCUGAAGCCAGAGUAUAGGCAUUAUCAAGGAGAAGAAAAGAGUGAUUAAGAAGACUCUUAGCCAGCAUGCUAACAGAACAACUAAAGGGCGAUGAGCUGAGGAAGCACCACUGAUACUCAAAUACUUGAGUACCAUCUGUUGUAGGGGUAAAAUGACUGGAACUUUAAUUUCCCUAGGUAAAUUUUUUAAACAAUAAUUCUUGUAAAGUUACUCAAGUGUUUUUUUGAGGAAAAAAUUUAUUUAUAGGCUUGUAUUAAACUAGAUUAUUCAGAAUGGGGUGAGGGGUUGGGGGGGUUAAGAAGGUUUUUUCUUUUUAUUGACUUUUAAAUGUAAAACUAGGAAAUGUUUUCUAAAUGAGGACUCUCUGUCCUUGUUUUAUCUCUGAGGAUCUGAGGUGAUACAAAUCCAAAGUGAAUGGCAAAGCAAGAAAAAAGUAGUCAACUACAGAAAGUCUUAAAAGGAAUAAAAAACCAAAGUUCCUUAUUCUGAAA